AUGGCCAUCCUUGUUGACGCCCUCGUGUUGAUUGCUCUUUUUGCAAGCUGUACUCACGGUUCUGCAUUUACAUUUGAUCUACCUGACGGCGAAAGAAGAUGCUUUUAUAAUACUUUAAAAUCGAAAGUCACGUCACAAAUCGAGUUUCAAGUAUGUUUAUUAUGAACACCCGUAGCAUUUUCUUUCCGCCAAUAGAGAAUUUAACUGCUCUGACAAGUUAGUUUAAGUUUGUGCUCAGAGCUCUUCUGUUUAGUCGUUCCCUCUUUCCGGGCCUUUGGUUAGAUUAUAUCACUUCGCAAAAUAAAAAUAUACGCAUAUGCGUAUAUAUGUAACUUGAUCCGAUGCGUAAGAAACUAAAAUAUGUAAAAGGGCACCCACUUGCUACCUUUCUUAAGAAGGGUUUAAUCAUCCAUCAUAGCCUACGAAAACCACCACAUUCCCGGUAAAUCGGUGGCUGCUUUUGCGGGAAAUGGAUUUAGUGAACACUACUCUGUUUUUAGUGUUUGAGCCGGGGAGUUUCUGUUUAACCACCGUGCUACGCACUUAUGAAACUUUUUCAAACACUGCCAUAUGUCCUACUUGAAUUAAUGAUUUGCUGUAGCAAGCUUACCGCAGCUGUUUAUUUCUAAAAAGUCGACCAGACUACUGCCAUAAGAAGUUGUGAUUUAUGUCUUGUUUGAAAAGAAUGGAAUUUAAAAACAUACGGCCAUCCCGAACAAAACGCCCUCGGAAUAAACCUCAAAGAGGGUGGUUCAGAACUGACCUCGCUCUCCUGAUGCACCUCCAUUAUUACGAUAACGUCUUGACAGUCAGAGUUUGCAAGCUAAUAACUGGCGUCACUCACUAGUUUGUCUUCGAACGUAUAAUAUAGUCAGCAGAUCUGCGGAUUCAUCGUGCAUGUGUGUCACAUCUGAUCAUCCCGAAUCAGUCUGGGCACUGAAACUCGGCGAUAAUACAGACUGGAAGCUAGCGAGCGCGCGGUAUUCGCAGACAGAUGGACAUUUUCGGUCAACUACUCAGCCCAAGAUGGUCUUUAGAUGUAUUGACUUAGUUCGAAUUGGACAAGCAUGAUACGUUGAACACGCCUAGGUGCAGUUUCCACCCAAGCUACCAGUGUAUCCCUGGUAGUAGCUCAUCUUCAAGGACUACGCCCUAGUUAUUCUUUUUCUACCCAUCUCGGGGUUGGAGCGUUUUGUUGUUUAUGAUUACAUACAGAGGCAGCCGCUCACCUCAUGUUCGUUCAGACGGUUUGUUCUGUGCCCCUCUCGGUUUAUUCCGUGUAUAUUUCUUCCGGUUUUUAUGCUUAGUGUGCGCGUGUACUGAAAAACGACGAGUAUCUCAAUACCGUAAAUUUUUGAUUGUCAUUGAAGUAUUUGUUUAUCUGUUGUCCAAUCAUCUUAGCUAUAGUAAGUGCAUGUGGUGUGGUAAUAAAUUCAAUGCUGGACUUGACUAGUCAUUCGCCCCAACUCUUUCUCUCUAAGGUGAUUUCAGGGGGCAACUUCGACGUGGACGUCACUAUGCGAGAUCCAAAAAAUAAAGUUGUGAAGUCUUUCAAACGGGAACAGUACAAUUACUUCGACUAUGAGCCAAAAAUGAACGGUGAUUAUCAGGUGGGCCUUUUUCUAGGCUGGAUUACGCUUGUCUUAUCUUUUUCACACUUAUCCAUCGUGAACGUUUUAGCGAUCCUUUUGAAGAACGUCGCGCAUCUCAACCUUCUUGUGAUUUGGACCCUUUUGUGCAUUUUGACCCUUUGCUUACACCGGAGUCGGUCAUUUGGAAAUGCAGGUGCUCAUUGUUUUGGAAUUUGAGAGCCUGUCUCGGCUGGGUUGGCAGUCUUCGUUACACAAUCGCUGUCUUCGCUCUCGAGGCAGUUGAGUGUCUGGCACCCUAGUAGCAAACUAUGUCGAGGCGAUAUCAAGUAGAUAUCUAUUUUCUGAGAUACUUAUGUCGAGUAAGUAUCGAUUUUGUCCGCUGUGCCGAUAUCGGGUAGAUAUCCAUUUUUCGAGAUACUCCGGAAACGGCGGUAGCGGGAUGUUAGGCACUGCGCUCACCGCGUUUACUUAAUCCGAUGCCCGUACUAUAUUCGAAUACCUUCAAAUUGCCUUUGUCAUCCCGUUACUGGCCUACUAAACCCGUGACAAUACGCGUUAGUUGAACGGCCAAAUGCCAUCUAUGCCAACGGCGGUCAAUUAUUUUGAAGACAGGUAAAUUGAAAGAUUUCUAUUGGAAUACGUAAUUUAAAUAAUUUAAUGCAUAGUUAGCGGUUGGGGGAAUAAGGCCGAUCUCAUAUCGAAGAUCCCGGAUUGUUUUGUAUAGAACAAGAUUAAUUUUAUAAGAUUUGCUGUUAAUUGACCAGUUUGACUAGCCAGUGCCCCACUGUAUUCUUUGGGCGUAGACCCCAGAUCCGAUAAUUUAACAGCGCUAGUGGUGUUCCACGCAGCGAAAACGUCUGGAUAUAGACAGUAAGACACUGAAUUACCAACUUACCCUACAUAACGUUAUAAAUUUCCGACUAACUUAGGCUCUCUUUCAAUUUCCGUCACUUGAAGUUGGCAUGGAUGCUAAUUCCAUCUUCGGAAAGCGCGACAAAGAUGCGCUUAACAAAGCCAUCCAAAUUGAUUCCCCAGGCAGGUGAGAAAACUGACCUCCUGUCCCGUACAGUGGUACAAGGGACACCCUACCAGUUGGCUGCCUUAUUACGCUGUCCUCAACGAGGACAUUCACGUGGCGGAAUUCCUCUGCCGUCCUCAUCGAUCUCUAACGAAUUUCUUAGCUGCAGGGUAACCAAGUUACCGGCGGGUUUCUGUUAAAUGCCCCGCGCUUCCAGUCUUCGCACGCAACCGUGUAUUCGACGAUUUCUUCUAAUAAGCACGUCCAAAUUUCCUGAGAUUCCUGCGGUAUGUUGGAUCAGCAGCGCGACGGCCCGUCCAAAUCUGCCAGCCGGGCGUGGGACGGUGGCUCCUGGAACUCUAUGGGAAAAUUCAGUUGAAAGGUAUAUCACCCUCAAAGCGCAAUGGCUCCCGUGAUGGUGGGGUGUCCUAGGUGUCACACUGAAGACACUUUCAGGCAAAUAAUAAUCCCCACGGAGACUGGGGUGCUCAUAAAAUCCUCCACAGAUGAUAGAAUCAUUUAGGAAAAAUCUACAUGAAAGUCUUGUUCUUAGUGGUUACAUUUUUCACGUUGACUCUCUAGCUCUCUGGAAACAUCCCAUAACAUGGCUUUACCGAAAAAACUGAGUCUUGUUGAGUAGCACAGUUGUUUUGACAUGACCCUGCAAAUAAUUCCAAUGGGGAUAGAUCAGGCGAGGUCGCGCUAGCCAGGGGCUUGGUUUACUUCUACCUAUCCACUUGUUUGAAGAUGUUUUAUUUCUGACCUCUCGGAUAUUUGGUGCAUAAUAUCAUAGUGCCCAAUCCCGCCGGAAUAAAGAAACUAGACUACAUUGUCAGAUAACUCGCUAUCAAUGAGGAGAGGGCCUAUGAGACGCGAUCUUCCGAUUACUCAGCGCCUCGGCCUUUUCUGGUUAUGUCGUCUCCCGUACGUGGCCACUUUGCCUACUGACUUCGCCACAGACGUAGAACGUUGCUUCAUCUGAAAAGGUCAUCAUGUCAUAUGACAGUAAUCCAGUCUCAUGUAUUUUGUAAACCAGCUUUUAUAGGCCUUUUAUGGAGUAACUUUCAGAGUUUGCAUGCGCUAUUGACACCGGGAUAUUAGACUCAUCAGAUGUUCGCCAGAGAGACUUCAGAGUCCUCGCGAAGGGUUUUGAAACCCCCACCAAUUCCGGGCCCAUUAAGUCGUAAUUUACCAGUAGUUUGUGGGGUCCCUGUAAAUAUUCGUAUUCGCGUACUUAGUGAGGAACACAUUGUCAAUGAGUGGUGAAAUGUCUGAUCAGGACUGUUAUCGAUGUAAACUCAACAAACCAGAAGGUUGAACACUCAUGUACUUUUUUGUGCAAUAACUCGGCCAUUCGCACGACAUGCGCUGCUAAAUUUUAGAACUACUACAAGACUUCAUUAGCAUGCAGUAUGUUAGUGCCUCUUGCUAUGACCACUGAUACAGUCCUCUACCUUGCUUCCGUUGACCUUAUCCCGCCUGUGUGUCGAUCGUCUGUUGGAUUCGGUUCAGGCAAACCUGAUUGGUCUUUUUCAUAAGAGACACGACCUACGCAUUCGAUGUUUCUCAAUGUGCAUAUCGUUCCCAUAACUGUGGCAGUUCUGCUGAGUGUAGAAGUUCUUGAGGCUGUACUUGUCAGAAGACCCUAACGGCCUAUUUUUCUCUUGCGUCCGACUGGUGUGUAUGUAUGUAAGUUGGUCACUUUAUUCUGCCUUCAGGCCUUCCGCUUGCUGUGACACGGCAGAUAACAUCUCGCUUGAGAUCUUUAGCUCACACAGACAGCCUGCAUGUCUACCGUGAGGGCCGUCAGGCAAGUAGAGACCACGUGUACGCCGACGGGCGCGCCGCUCACAUGCAUAUUCAGUCAGCCUUCAUUUCAUCGACAAAGGAAGGGUGUGGCAAGGGAGGGUGAAGUGUAGGCUUUAUAAGUCUUCCACUGCGGACUGGCACUGUUCGAGUGCCGGAUCUAGUCUACUCAUAACGACGGCCACGUUUGUAAUGACCCCAAUUCUCUUGUCUGUAUGCCUGCGUCCUUUGAAAGCCAACAAAGGAGGUACUUCAUAUUCCUUAGAAAAACAUUUGAAUAGCUCUUCUCCUACGGGACUGUAACUUCCGAAUGCUUCAAGACAUCCACUGAGUCGGAUCUUUCGAGAGUUCUUUAUCGAGCCAAUCCCUGCCUCCCCCCUCCCCCAUUCCAGUCAUUGACGAUGAUAAAUAGGCCCUGAAGAAUGAUAUUGUAAGCGUCUGCUCGCUACACUUGACUUUCUCGCUCCUCCUACCUUAGACUUCAUCAUUUCCUCUCCCCUACAGCUUUGUUUCAGCAACGAGUUCUCCACCAUUACCCACAAAAUUGUCUACUUCUCAUGGGAUACCCCUGAAGAUCAUGUCGAUGCCGACGAAGCCGAGACUGCUGCACCCCUUACAACGGUAAAGAGCAAACAUUUUGUUGUAUAACUUUUCUUGCUUAAGGGUAUUGUCUUGGAAUCGCAUACUAGUUCGGGUUGUGUGCACUGCCGGGAAAUAAUGCUUACUCCGCAUGGUUGGCCCGCUUGUUUAAACUAAGUACCCGCGUAGUUUGAAAGCACUCAUCUGGGGACACUUGCCGUUUUAUCCGCACUGCCCCCUUCGUCAUAAUUGGCAAUGGCUAUCAUCACCAGUCUGUGCUGUUUGUGUGCAGAGCCGUGUUGGCAGCUGUCUGACAAUUGGACCAUUGCUGCAGAGUCCACGCUCUACCCCUGACAUCCUUAUUCUACACUCAAGGCCAGUUGUUGUGAAGAAGAACAUCGAUAGCAUACCUGAAGUAAUGAAGUGUUUCCGACAGUUGACAGUCACCAUCCUCCUAGGCCUUGGUGGAAAGUGUAUCUGCCCCCCUCCCCCCCAGGACUUCUCCGGUCCUGCUUUCAUUACCUCCGGGGUUGGAAAAAUCAUGGUCAACAUUGACUUUGCUUCUCGGAAGUUUGUUGAGCGCGCCCUCCAGACUAGGGACGAACCUAAGCUUUGUCCUGCUGAAACUGAGCAAGGACGAAAACCCGGCUGGUUGUAAGCCGCAAGCAGUUAUAAUGUCCCCGAAGACAUCCUCCACUUUCUGCGAAUCGAAGUACCUCUAGAUUUCCUCUGUUCCGCUGUUCAGCCGAGUAUAUUGCAGUUCGCGAACUUUCUGUUGGGCCUGUCGGUGAAGCUCAGAGAAAGCAGCCUUGUGUGAAAGAGGUCUUCUUUGUUCGUACGCUCGAUGAUGUUUAAAGUUGGGGACAUCGUGUCCGAGCUUAAAUUCUACAACUUCUGCAUCGAAUGUCCCACCUAUUAUGCCUUCUGCCGGAACCGCGUGCUCCACAGAGCUAAGGGGACCGCUGUGAUCAGCCUGCCUUUGGACCAAGUCAUGGAGCUGCCGUCGUCCAGCUUCAGAGGAUGGUGUGUUUUGCGCAGUUAGGUUAAGAUCUGUUGGAUGUUUUUAACUGGUUGUGUGACGGCGAAAACGGAGGUGUCCAACCAGACCAAUGCGGUACCGGAAUGUAUGGGCUCUAAAAGGUGCUCAUCUGAUAUCUUCCCCACAUUGCCGCGCAAUCUAAGUAGGACUUGCUUCAGCAUGGCAACGAUGUUGAACACUCAAGUAGAUUAUAAGUAGCAGUCACGUGUCUGGACACGGUUUUUUGCCGCGUCAAUAUGUUCGCAUAAUUCUUAGUCAGCGCCAAGGUCCCAGUUGCGGUCAAAUCACAGUCUACUAACUUGGUACUUUGUAACCGGUCGAGUUAGGUGACCCUUCGAGGCUAUAACUGGUUGACGACAUGAUUUGGACCUUUAAUUGUCGCUUCUGGACCUCAGCGAAGUCACCCUCAGCUGACACUACUGCCAGGCGCCGGCAAAAUACUUUUCGAAGCGGAGGCGUUCACUGCCCGCCCCUCCUGUUGAACGCUUCCUCUUCUUUUGAUAUGGCACCGGGAAAUAGCAUCUUUACUACUACUACUACUACUACUACUACUACUACUACUACUACUACUACUACUACUACUACUACUACUACUACCACUACUACUACUACUACUACUACCAAUACUACUACUGCUGCUACUACUACUAUUACCACCACUACUACUUUUUGAAGUCUAGGGCUUAUGUUUGACCGGUUUUGUUCGAAAGAUAGCUCCUGGCCUCAAAAGGGUUACUGCGCUAACCCAUCACCGCAACACCUCGCAGGGAGAUUUUGGCAUUUUAUCCAUGGAUAUUCGCCCCAGUUUUUGCUCUCCGGCAUGCAAGUUGCUCCCGCCAAGUCCAACUAACUCCUUUGAAUCAUAGCCCGAUGGUCAUUCAAAAACCCUGAUUGAGCCAUGAAUAACCUAGCGGUAGUCGCAUGGAACGGCCCCCUGGAGCCGUGGUCUGCCACCUGUGGACCUUUUGGGUACAUCUGGCCCUUGUCUGUCUGUGUUGUCGCGCAUUGCAAGUGCCGGCAUAUGAAAACUUGCUGGUGAGGGAAUGACUUACUCCAUACUGUCAGGUCUAAUUUGAUGUUACUACAUCUUUGCUCCACCUCUGAUUGUAUUUUGCUCCUUGCUGCCGCCAGAUGGACAGCAGUCUGCACGCCAUACAGGAGAACCUCCGCCAGGCUGAAAAGUUCCAGACUCGCAAUAGACUCCAGGAGGAGGCCUCACGCAACUUCAUCGAGGACCUCAACGAUCGUGUGACUUGGGGUUCAAUCGCUCAGGCCUGCAUCAUAGUCGUUGUGGCGGUGGGUCAGGUCUACCUCCUGCGUUCUCUCUUCAAGGACCCCGUGCAUCAUAAACGCUCUCGAAUGACUCCCGCCGCAACGGUGCACUCGGUGGGCUUCUAG